UCACGUUCUCGCGAGACGAGACUCGUACUAUAUGGAGUAGCUGUCCGGAAGGGUUGGAGGAAGACGCUACCUAUUGGGUAGUGAAAAGACAACGAGGAGAAAGACAGGAAAGGGGCGAAGUUGAGCCGCGUUAAGAGAUACCGACCCCAAAUACCUACAGGUUGCAGCAAGGUAGUGACGCUUCUCUUCUUUACGCACAACCCUUGGUGCGGAGACUUUAAUGGAUGAGCAACAACAGUAAUAAGAGAGCUCCAACAACUGCCACCCAGAGGUUAAAACAGGAUUACCUGAGGAUCAAGAAAGACCCAGUGCCUUACAUUUGUGCAGAACCCCUUCCUUCAAAUAUCCUUGAAUGGCACUAUGUGGUGCGAGGACCUGAGACGACACCCUAUGAAGGCGGUUAUUACCAUGGCAAGCUUGUUUUUCCGAGAGAAUUUCCUUUUAAACCUCCUAGUAUUUAUAUGAUCACUCCAAAUGGACGAUUUAAAUGUAAUACCCGUCUCUGCCUUUCGAUCACAGACUUCCAUCCUGACACUUGGAAUCCAGCAUGGUCAGUGUCCACAAUCCUAACUGGUCUUCUUAGCUUUAUGGUAGAAAAAGGUCCCACGCUGGGGAGCAUAGAAACAUCAGAUUUUACAAAACGACAGCUAGCGGCACAAAGUUUAGCGUUCAACUUAAAAGAUAAAGUAUUCUGUGAACUGUUCCCAGAUGUUGUAGAGGAGAUCAAACAAAAACAGCGUGCACAAGAGGAGCUAAGCAACAGGCCGCAGACACUUCCUCUCCCAGAUGUUGUACCUGAAACAGAAGCACACAUUGGCCAAAAUGGGGCAGCACUUCAUGUUCCAUUGGCAGGAGCAAAUCAUCCAGGCCUUCAGCAGCCAAACCGUAACCAUGGACUAUUGGGAGGUGCUCUGGCUAAUGUAUUCGUAAUAGUUGGGUUUGCAGCCUUUGCCUACACAGUCAAGUAUGUACUGAGAAGCAUAGCCCAGGAAUGAAGGCCUUGUCUGAAGUGCAAAAAGACAGAAUCGGAGACCAAACUAGCACUUGCCAGAGAACAUGGACUGCUUUGUGCGGUUGGACUCCCACACCACAUCUCGGGUCAUUGCUAUUUGUGCUACUGUUGUACAGAUGAUAUAUCCGUUGUCUCAUGGGAUUAUUUUCUUUUUUUUUUUUCUUUUUUAGAACAAGAAGAGUGGUUGAGUGUUUUCUAUGGAAGCAAACAUAAUAAGAGAACCCGAUGGAUGUUCACUGCAGUCUGUCUGGUUGUUAAAUCCAUAAUCACCAGAUGUCUUCAUUUUUACCAUCUAUUUAGAACAAAAAUGUUGGUACAAAAAAAUCUGUUACCUUUUAAAAAAGGAAAAAAAAAACCUUUUUUAUGCAAGUCUGCACACAAUAAGUAAAGGCAGCCAUCCAGCACCUUUCUAAGAUGACACCAACAUCUGUGGCCAAACUUUUUAUACCCACUGUUUAUCUACAACACCGUGCACUUACAGGAUCCAGAACAUGUGUCCUAUUGUGGAUAUCCAUCAGCCAGCGAUUAGGUCCCUAUUGUAAAAAGAUUACAUUUUCAAGUAAAACUGUAAGACAUAGAUAGAAUAGUGAGGUGGAUUUUUAUUAAAAUAUAUCCUGUAUUAAUUAUAUUUGGAUUAAUUUAUCUUGUAAUAAAAAGGAUAUUGCCCUCCUAAAUGGUUCAGAUAAUCCCAAGAUAUCCUUUCAAUGUGUUCUAGCAAAAAAAAUAUCAGAUUACAUAUGCAUAAAGCAAUUCUUAAUGAUAUCCUACAACAUUCUGGAGGCCAGUAAUGAGUAGCAGAAGACAAAAGCAAAAGCUGUGGUCCUGCAUGUAGGAUAGUGCUGAAAAUAUGUUGACAAAUGUACAAAUUCAUCAUAUUGAUGUUUAGCACGUCAGCAUUUUUGCUGCCGUCUGUUUGCAAAGAAUGUUUCGCACCAAAACCAACAGACGUCUGGGUCAGUCAUAGAUAAUGCCCAAAUCCUGUCUGAAAGUUUAUUGUAGAAUAAACAAUUUGCAAACCCUUCCAAAA